CAAGAUGGAAGUGAUUUGACGUUCUGCGAAUUGGUUCAUCGGAGUGUGAUCUUUAUUAGCAUUCGCAUUCGCUGUGAAAAAGGGUGCCCAUUGGUCACACACAGGCAGCAAACAUUCCGAUUGAACUAUUCUUAAGUUGCUAAUUGUCCGUGCUGCGAUUGUGUGCCAACUGUGCAAAGGUCGUAAACAAAGGCCCGAAGGUAGAGGUAAACGGAGCGAGCCAAAGCCGUCGUCGGACCAGCGGAACAAAAUUACUUACCACCCGUGAAAACGGAACGACAUAGUUUACGGAAAACCUCCGCACUGACUGCACUGGUUACGUACCAUCACACAACGGUGAAACGUCCUUCGUCUGGUGUUUGCAUCGAGCCAGCAAUAGCAGCAGCAAGUUGGAAAAAGCAUCAUGUGAAAUCAUCCCGUGUAUCUCCGCACCGAAAGGCUGACCACUUCAAAACACGACGGGUUUUAAGCAGGGUCGAGAGAGGGCCAUAUUCGGUGAAAGUAGACGCAAUAAAAGGCGCAAACGAAGGACCGUCUGGAAAAUACCCAUCGCGUAAUCGCCUCCAUUUGCUGUAGCGCGUUCAAGAACGAAGGCGUAGAUUGUUUGAUCCGUCGGCCCAGAUAGAGAAAGCGGAAUACGAAGAGGUGGUCGUAGGUUUCUUCAAGGCACACCCCAUCCCAAACAUACCCCGGCCGGCAGAUGGACGACGGUACCAUCCAUCAGCUGAUUGUGAUAAUCGAGCACGCCACCUUCCGGAGCAAUGGCUUCCUAAAGCCCAACCCGUACGUCGAGUUUUCGAUCGAUGGCAAAACUUCACGCAAGACAGAUAUCAUCAAAAACACCAACACACCGAAAUGGAACGAGCGGUUCACGAGCAUCGUGUCGCCCGGCUCGGUGCUGCACUUUCGCGUCCUAGACCAUUCGAGCUUCCGCAAGGAUUCACUGCUCGGCCAGCAGACCGUCGAGCUGGCGGGCAUUCUGCGACACUACAACGGUGUGCUCGAACUGCUCGAACUCAACAUGGACCUGCUGAUCGAUGGGACGGGCUCGUCCAAAACCAGCGAACCGCGCCAACCGGUCAAAGCGGGCGAGCUGGUGGUCGUGCUCGAUGGUUUGAAGAUCGAUAUGCGCCAUUUGGGGGCGGGUGCGGGUGCAUUGCGCGGCAAUGAAACCGGUACCAGCGGAAUGGUCAACGUAAAUGGGCAGCUGUCGGGCGGUCCUAGCGAUUUGGCGCCGAACGGUGUGCACUAUCACACGCUACGGAGCAGCAUACUGAACGGCGGCAUUCGGGCGCGAAUGCGUUUGCGAGGCACCGGAGGUGGCAGCACAUCGCAACAGCUGCAGCCGGCGUCAUCAUCCACCGGUGGUAUGAUGAAUCAUGCACUAGUACCGUCAUCCUCGUCCUCAUCGGCGGCCGUGCAGCACCAUCAGUCGCAACACUCGCCCGCUUCCCACGCUAGCCAAAGCAACAGCAGCACAAGCAACAAUAACGCCACGUCCACGGCGUCCGAUUGUGUGUCGUCGUCGUUAAACGAGUUCAGUAUAGCGGGCGGAUCGUACGGCACCAUGGGCAACGGUAUCAUGACGGCCGGUUCCUCUCCGAACGGGGGUGGCGGUGGAGGCAGCUCGUCGGGCGCCUCCUCGUCGACGGGCGCUAUCCGACGAAGUGGCAUCAACUGGGAUCAGCAGAACGUUUCGCCGGUGGCCUCGUCCGCGGGAUACCACGCUCGACUCGGUCCAGUGUAUUCGAACUCGUCGCAGGAAGGCCUCAUCAACGGUGUACCGGGUGGGGGACACACAAACACGGCCAUGUUGCCGGUCGCAGGUGGAAGUCCUGGCGGUGCAAAUAAUGGUGGUGGUGGUGCCGCCAUACCGAUGCCGAUGGGCGGGAGCUUAACCGAUCAGCAGCUUAUACUGCAGCAUCAGCAACAGCAGCAGCAAAAUCCCAUCGACGACGAACCGCUACCGGCCGGGUGGGAGAUGCGGGUGGACAAGUUCGGCCGGCGCUACUACGUCGAUCACAACACGCGCUCGACGUAUUGGGAGAAGCCGCAGCCGCUGCCGGCUGGCUGGGAGCAGCGGCGCGAUCCCCGCGGCCGUGUGUACUACGUGGAUCAUAACACGCGCACCACCACCUGGCAGCGGCCGAACAGCGAGCGGCUGAUGCACUUCCAGCACUGGCAGGGCCAGCGGCAACACAUCAUCUCGCAGGGCAAUCAGCGGUUCCUCUACCCCCAGCACGCCCAGCAAUCGAACUCGAUCUCGGUGGCGCACGAAGAGGACGAUGGGCUGGGACCGCUGCCGGACGGAUGGGAAAAACGCGUCCAGCCGGACAAUCGGGUGUACUUUGUGAACCAUAAAAACCGCACCACCCAGUGGGAAGACCCGCGGACGCAGGGCCAGGAGGUGAGCAUGCUGGCGGAGGGUCCACUGCCGCCCGGCUGGGAGAUUCGCUACACCGCCAACGGGGAGCGGUUCUUCGUGGAUCACAACAAUCGUAAAACGACGUUUGAGGAUCCGCGACCAGGCGCACCGAAGGGCGCGAAGGGUGUGUACGGUGUGCCGAAGGCGUACGAGCGCUCUUUCCGCUGGAAGCUGAGCCAGUUCCGGUAUCUGUGUCAGAGCAAUGCGCUUGCGUCCCACAUCAAAAUAACGCUCACGCGGCAAACGCUGUUCGAGGAUUCGUACCACCAGAUCAUGCGGCUGCCGGCGUACGAGCUGAGGCGCCGGCUGUACAUUAUCUUCCGCGGCGAGGAGGGGCUCGACUACGGCGGUGUAUCGCGCGAGUGGUUCUUCCUGCUGUCGCACGAAGUGCUCAACCCAAUGUACUGCCUGUUUGAAUACGCGAACAAGAACAACUACAGCCUGCAGAUCAAUCCGGCCAGCUACGUGAAUCCGGAUCACCUGCAGUACUUCAAGUUCAUUGGGCGGUUCAUCGCGAUGGCACUGUACCAUGGGCGGUUCAUCUAUUCCGGCUUCACGAUGCCGUUCUACAAGCGCAUGCUGAACAAAAAGCUAACGACCAAAGACAUCGAAACGAUCGAUCCGGAGUUUUACAACUCGCUCAUCUGGGUGCGGGACAACAACAUCGACGAGUGCGGGCUGGAGCUGUGGUUCAGCGUCGAUUUCGAGGUGUUGGGACAGAUCAUCCAUCACGAGCUGAAGGAUAACGGUGACAAGGAGCGCGUGACGGAGGAGAACAAGGAAGAGUACAUCUCGCUCAUGACCGAGUGGCGAAUGACGAGGGGUAUCGAGGAGCAGACCAAAACCUUCCUGGAUGGGUUUAACGAGGUGGUACCGCUCGAAUGGUUAAAGUACUUUGAUGAGCGCGAGCUGGAGCUAAUGCUGUGCGGCAUGCAGGAGAUCGAUGUGGACGACUGGCAGCGCAAUUCCAUCUAUCGGCAUUACAAUCGCAACAGCAAACAGGUCGUUUGGUUCUGGCAGUUUGUGCGGGAAACGGACAACGAAAAGCGGGCCCGUCUGUUGCAGUUCGUUACCGGCACCUGCCGCGUACCGGUCGGCGGGUUCGCCGAGCUGAUGGGCUCGAACGGGCCGCAGCGCUUCUGCAUCGAGAAGGUGGGCAAGGACACGUGGCUGCCCCGAUCGCACACGUGCUUCAAUCGGUUAGAUCUACCACCGUACAAGAGCUACGAUCAGCUGGUAGAGAAGCUAAACUAUGCGAUCGAAGAGACUGAAGGUUUCGGGCAGGAGUAAGGUACAGGUUCUACAGGCAGGUAAAAUCGGGCGAAGAAGGAGGAGGAGGAAGAGGAUAAACGGUAUAUAUAAAAAAACAAAUGUGAUCAUUUUAUGGGAAAUAGUAAUGGUUCUUAGAAAAUGGGGGGUUAACCUGAGCGGGGAACGGGAGAAGAUCGGGUCGGAGAUAUGGAUUGGGUUAGUUGUAAAGUGUAAGUGGCAAGUUUCUGUACCUAGAUAUUGUAUAUGAGAGUGUGUGGUUUUCUUUGUUUUGCGAGCAAAGAAACAGUGCAGGUGUUUUGGAUGCGCGGGAGGAACACGUUUUAAAAGCUUUUGUACGUAGCACAUCCGUAGCCGCACGACGGGAAAGGAAUUGGGGCUGUAGUGAAACAGUAACGAAACCGUGGCCGCCUCUUUGUGCUUGUGUAAAUAGUGUUCGAGAACGAGAAGCCAUAUUUUCAAUCGCGCACGUACCCGGCUAAAGCUACAAAUGUUGCUUGUUUUGCCUUGUGGCAUGUACUCUUGGUUCUGUAUAUUAACAGAAGGUAUUUUGUUUGUUUGUUUAUUCGUUUUGUGUUAUGGAUUUCUAUUUAGUUUGCCAAGGAAAGUGAACGUAUAUGAUUAAUGGACCAUUUUAUUAAGAGAGAAUGCGUGUGUCGACGGGUAUGGUGUGACGCGUGAGGUGUAACAUAAUAUGGCCAAAUAGCAGCUGACGUUAUCCGUAUGCAAAAUCUAAACAGAUUGUUCAGUUGAUGCAAAUUCUUUCCUUUCUUUUGAGUUUUAUUUCGAAACAUGAUUGAGAAGUCGUUGAAUAAGGACACAUUUCUCAUGGUGAAGCCACCCGGUAUGAUACCGCUUGUCCUAUUGCUGUCUGUGCUACUAAUGACGUACGGUUGUUUUAAUACGGAGAGAUGGUUCAUACUAACAACAAGUCAGCUUGGGCGCAAUAUGGUGCUGAGGGACCGAUGAUACAGUAAACGCCAGCUGACCCGGCUGAGCACAUGACGCUCGAUGCGUGCUACAUUCCCCAUAGAUGGUUUUGCAUUGCAACGUGUGGUGGUACGCACUAUACCAAUCGCAAUGGAAACGUGAAAAGUGUAGUUUUUAGUGUAAUAUUAUACUGUGUAAAAAGUUAGACAAAUGCACACGGGGGGCGCUAGAGCUCGCGAAGAAAGGUUAUAGAUUGUUUUAAACAAUGACGAUGAAGAAAUAAUAAUAAAUAUAUAAAUAUAUAUAUAUAUAUAUAAAUGAUGAAAACACACUAUUUAAGUAUAUCUUGGGCACACACUGGGCUUAAUUUAGGAGAUUAAUAAAACAAGAAAAGAUACAGUUUAAGUAAACAGAAAGCGCGAAACCGGCGCAGAGAACAAACGAAACAAGGUAUAAUACUAGAGAAUAUCAA